AUGUAUCCAGGAAGAGGAUUCCGCUACCCAUCCGAUCUGGAGAUCCACCGCCGUGUCCACACUGGGGAGAGGCCGUUCAGCUGCUCGGUGUGCGGCAAGGGCUUCUCUGACUCGUCCACCCUGCUGACCCACCAGCGGGUCCACACCGGGGAGCGGCCCUUCACCUGCUCCGUCUGCGGCAAGGGCUUCACCCAGUCGUCCAACCUGCUGACCCACCAGCGGAUCCACACUGGGGAGCGGCCCUUCACCUGCUCCGUCUGCGGCAAGAGCUUCACCCAGUCGUCCAACCUGCUGACCCACCAGCGGGUCCACACCGGCGAGGUGGCCUUCACCUGCUCGGUGUGCGGCAAGGGCUUCCCUCAC